AUGAAGUCCUCGGUAAUAGUACCGUUCGUUACACUACUGAUCGCGGCCUUCUGUCAGAUAGCAGUAGCACAAUUCAACCAAUGUACGGGUAGUGAUAGCUGUAUCGUCAUUAACGAAUGUGCCCGGUUUGGGCCACAUUUUAACGAACCUUCCAAAUGGUCCGAUAGCUUAAGAAGUGAGUUCCGGUCAAGGGUUUGCCAGCGAGAAAGGACGAGUAAUGGAAAUAUCUACAAGGUGUGCUGUCCACGAGCAGUGACGUAUACUAACACUAACCGCAAGCGAGGACUCGAGGUGCUCGAUCUGGAAGGCUGUGGUUCGUACUCGGAAGAUAGGAUCGCUUUCGGUCAGGACGCCAAACUGUUCCAAUAUCCGUGGAUGGCCCUACUUAAACCUAGAGUCGGCAACUUUGUGUGCGGCGGUACGCUGAUCAAUCAGCGUUAUGUACUGACUGCGGCGCACUGUCUCAAGAAUAACGAUAUUACGAUGGUUCGGUUAGGUGAGUUUGAUUUGAGCAGUGAAAUCGAUUGUGAUAAACGAGGAGAGUUGUGUGCACUGCCACCACAGGACAUUCGCGUCGAGCGUACCAUCCUGCACGACAACUAUAGUGCGCGGCGCAAAGUAAACGAUAUUGCAUUGGUCCGGUUGGCACAGGAUGCAUCCUACAAUGAUAACGUGCUACCCAUCUGUUUGCCAGUAUCUCCCAAAAUGCGUACGACACAGAAAACAUUCUUCGUUGCCGGCUGGGGAGGAACCGAGUCCUCCAUAUACUCCAACAAGCUUCAGUUCACCAAACUCAAUCUGCUGCCAAAUGAUGAGUGUCUCCAGCAACUGCUGAAGGUGGAUCCGUACACCAAACUGAACGACAAUCAGAUGUGUGCGAUCGGUUCGAAUCUGACCGACAACUGUACCGGGGAUUCGGGUGGACCACUUAAAUCGAUUAGCAUCAACGCUCGGUACGUCCAGUACGGAGUAGUGUCGUUCGGAUUGCGCACCUGCGGCAGACAGAGUGCGCCCGGUGUCUACACCAAGGUGGAAAACUAUAUAGAAUGGAUAUUGGACAAUCUGGAAGAAUGA